CCCAAUUCCAAUACCAAUUUUGCUUAGGUUUAGCAGAGAACACUAUCUAGUGGAGUUUCUUGUCCCGAAGGGGAGAUCAAUGCGUCAUUCUGGCCGUCGGUGCCCCUCCCCACUCUCCGGACUCUCCUCCCUUCUUAUGUCCUUCACCAACCGUCCUCCAUGCCGAGCUUAGGAGGCUUGUUGAAGAAGCGGCGAACAAAGGACUCGCAGACCUUGUCUAAGGAGCUGCCCCAAGCAAAUUCUGACCGAUCCGAUCACUCUUCCAACCCGGACGCUAACCCGGACAAGGCUGAAGGUCAAGGCGCCUCCAUGCAAUCCGCCGAGCCGUCGCAAGGAUCCUCCCAGCACCAUGCCCAAUCCUCCAACAAUGCCGCCAGCAUCAAUAACCUCAUAAAUACUCCGGCCAAUGCCGGUAGUAGUACUCAGUCCCCCGCCCACACUUCAAAUGCGACACCUAGUACGCAGCCGCAGCCGCAGUCGCAGCCCCGCCAAGAGCGUACCACUCGGGGCAAGUACUCGCAGGGGGACUUUAUGUUGCAGCGCACAUUGGGCACAGGAAGCUUUGGUCGAGUUCAUUUGGUCCAAUCGAAGCACAAUCAUCGCUUCUAUGCCAUGAAGGUGCUGAAGAAGGCCCAGGUGGUCAAGAUGAAGCAGAUUGAGCACACUAAUGAUGAACGUCGGAUGCUCAAUCGCGUUCGCCAUCCAUUCUUAGUGACAUUGUGGGGAACCUGGCAGGAUUCACGGAACCUCUACAUGGUAAUGGAUUUUGUUGAAGGUGGCGAGCUUUUCAGUUUGCUGCGAAAGUCACAACGAUUCCCUAACCCCGUUGCCAAAUUCUAUGCUGCUGAAGUGACGCUUGCAUUGGAGUAUUUGCACCAUCAUCAGAUCAUUUACCGAGAUCUGAAGCCAGAGAAUCUAUUGCUGGACCGUCAUGGUCACUUGAAGAUUACAGAUUUCGGCUUUGCCAAGGAUGUUCCCGAUAUUACCUGGACCCUGUGCGGAACCCCCGAUUAUCUCGCCCCCGAAGUAGUUUCCUCGAAGGGAUACAACAAAUCCGUCGAUUGGUGGUCAUUGGGAAUUCUCAUUUUUGAGAUGUUGUGCGGGUUUACCCCGUUCUGGGAUAGCGGGUCCCCGGUGAAGAUCUACGAGAACAUCCUCCGCGGCCGAGUCAAAUACCCGCCAUACUUGCACGAUGAUGCCGUUGAUCUCCUGUCACAGCUGAUCACUGCCGAUCUCACCAAGCGUCUGGGCAACUUGCAUGGCGGACCCCAGGACGUCAAGAACCACGCCUGGUUCGCCGAGGUCACCUGGGACCGCUUGGAGCGCAAGGAUAUCGACGCUCCCUAUAUCCCGCCAAUUCGCGGUGGACAGGGAGAUGCAAGCCAGUACGAUAAAUAUCCCGAAGAGACGGAGCACUACGGUGUGGAGGGUGAAGAUGCAUACGGGCAUCUCUUCCCCGACUUCUAAAAGUGCUUGUACGAUUUAUGACGAGAUAUGAAAAGACCGUUGCGAUCACCCGCUCGGGACUGGAUAUGGCACUGGCGCUAGUCGGAAUCGCCGAGGAAAAACAGGUGUGAUUGAUAUCAUAUAAGCCAGCUUAAUGGCAUUUGAUGGAUUAUGUGAAUCGUAUAUUUCAGCAAUUGAAAUCGAGUUUUCUUUUUUUUUUUU